CAAGUAAAGUAGAGAAAACUGAAAAAAAAGAUAUAAAAAGUUAAACACACUUCGGUUUGCAACUCGAUACGAAUAACAUCGUUUUGCUUCUUGUCCGGGUUUUAGCUAUUUCAGAGCGAAUUUCUACCUACUAAUCUGUGUAUUGUUUUCGUUUGAGUCCAGAGCUUAGUAUUGUAGCUCAAUUUUCAACAGUUCAGUGGCCACGACAUGGUUUCGAGCCAGACAUCCCGUGGACACUAAGGAAUCGAGCUGGCAAUUGCCUAGUAGCAAAGCCAUUGACAGAACAACAACAACAAAAAGUUAAACAAAGCCAAGCCAAGAAAUGGAAAUGGAUGAAGAUCUCUUAUUGAAGAGUGUUCCUGAACAUGUACAAGACCCCGAUGACCCUUCAGACGAAGAAACGGAACCAGUUCCUAGAAAAGCAAAGCCUUCAAAGCUUCCGCCUUCUUUGAGGGGCCUAAUGGGCGAAGCCAACAUUCGAUUCGCCAGAGGCGAGAUAGAGCUGAGCAAAAAAAUGUGUUUUGAAGUGAUAAGGCAAGCCCCCGAAGCUUAUGAACCUUACUUAACCCUAGCGCAAAUGUACGAGAAUCAGAACAUGAAAAAGUACAAAGGAUUUUUAAUGCUGGCUGGCCAUUUACAUCCAUCAGACACAGAAAUUUGGUGUAGAUUAGCAGAUGUAGAGUUGCAAGAUAAUCAGGUUUCAGCUGCAAUUAGUUGUUAUAAUAGAGCGAUUAAGGCUAGACCAAAUGAAGUUGAGUUACAUGUGAAACGAUUACGACUAAUUGAAGAAAGAGUACCUUCUAGGAACAGCUUAGGGCUUAAAUUGGGUCUGGCCAAGGCCCUACCUAAAAACAAGCCCGCUCAGAUAUUGCAGAUUUGCAGUGAAGUAGCUAAGGAGUACUUUGAGGCUAAAAACUACAUGAAAGCUAUCGAGGCUCUGAAAAUUUGUCUUAGGCGCAUUCCAAAUAACAUUACUCCAGAUGUUUUAAAUAUGAUGUUGGAAUUGUUACUGCUCAGCGAAAGAUUCUCGGAGUGCUUAGACAUUUUUACCCAAUUUUGUGGAUUUCAAUUUGAUGUAACCGUUGGAGAGGACAUGUCGAUUACAAUAAACUCGUAUUUAAUUCCUGAAAACUUGCAUGUGGAUUUAAAAAGCAAAUUCAUAGUGUGCAUUAUAGGGCUCCAAUCGUAUCAGCUUAUAGAGGAAUUAAUAAAAGAGAUGAUUACAAAUGAUGACAUUGAAGUCAAUGGGAUGCUUUAUUUUGAUAUAGCUGAAGCCCUUAUGGCCUCAUUUUUGUAUGCUGAAGCCCUACAACUGUUAAUUCCUUUGGUUAAAAGUAAAAAUUUCUCUUUGGCUGGUAUCUGGCUUAAGCAUGCAGAGUGUUUAACUCAAUUGCGCAUGUACGAACAGGCAAUUGAGGCUUAUAUGAAUGUAAUUAGCAUGGCGCCAAAUCAUGUGGACGUUUUAUAUCCUUUGGCCAUGCUAUUGUUGCAGCAGGAUAGAAAGGAAGAGGCUCUGGCUGUAUUGAGUCAAGAUAUGAGUUCUGGUAAGCUCCACGUUGCAGUUCUCAUCGAACAAAUGAAACUACUGAAACAAAUCGGCGAUCUGGCCAAUUAUUGGAAGUGUUGCGAACUAUUGUUAUCUCGUCACUGCAUCCAAUUGAAAAACUAUACCGAGCUGCGAAUACUGUUGCACCUAAAAGGACCUAAGGGGAAACAAAACAAAAUAGCCAAAAUGCGAAUAGUGAAUGGGGAGGAAGAUACCGAAAUGAACUUAAUUAGUGUUUUUGAGCCUGCAGUAGAAGACGAAUACAAGCUCUACCUAGAAAUUCUACAGUUUGCCUUUGAGAAAAAAGCCUACCUUCAGUUUCAGAAAUUUGCCUUUAUGGGGCUUGGUUCUAAGAAAUUUGUGAAAUAUUUCUCUGAAAUAUUUUUAAUUGCAUGUCACUCAUGCAUUUUUUGCAAGGACUAUUACCACGGUUAUCUGAUAGCUAAAGAAUUACUGUUCCAUCAACCUCAAAAUAAUCAAGCAUGGAAUUUGUACUCGAUUAUGCUGCACAACCAUGAAACUACUAAGAUGAGCAGAUUUUUUGAUGCACCUACGGUAAAAUCCAGAAUGCCCAUUGGAAACACUGAGUUAGUUAAGGCCAAUAAUUUCUGUAGUGUCGGACAGUAUUCUCAAUCCUUGACGUAUUUUUUAAAAGAAUAUAAAACCAGUAAGAAUUCUUAUUCAGCUUUUAUGAUAGGUCUUAUUAUGCUUCAGCAAUAUUGUCAAAAAAAGGAAAACAGCAUAAGCAAAAAGUCGAUGGUAGAAAUGGUGACAUACUUGUUUCUCAAUUACGCCAAAAUUCGUACCAAAAAUGCCCAGCAGGAAGCUUUCUACAACAUGGGCAGGAUGUAUCAGCAAAUCGGCAUCUUCUCUUUAGCUGAACAUUAUUAUAAAAUGGUUUUUGAAGUACAAAACGACUAUUUGGACAAAUACCCGGAUUAUUUGGACCUCAAAAAGCAGGCGGCAUUCAAUUUGCACUUAAUAUAUAAAAGCUCUGGCAAUUUUCAAGCAGCCAGGAAGAUUUUGUUUCGAUAUAUUGUAAUUGAAUAAGUCAAAAGUUAUUGUUUUAUUUUUGUAGCAAGAAAGUGUUUCACAUUGCUUCCAAUAGGAGCUUCAAGCAGGUCAUGCGAAAAGUAAAUUGACGUGUGGACAAUAUUUAUUUAAUAGGCUUGUUCAGUGAAGUUUCAUCAAUCACGUUGUUUCCUAUUUUCAUAAGGUAUUACUCACAUAUAGCACACAAAAAAAAAAUUUCAGCUCAAUUGGAUAAAUAUUAAAAAAGUUAUGCGUUUUCGAAUAUAAAAACAUUAUGCCUCAGAAAGUCAUCGCUGAGAGAUAGUAUGACGUCAUCUUUCAAGUCGAGACAGGCUAAAGGUCGUCACACACGGUUUUGCAUAACGCAAUGUCAAUUGGGACACAGUUUCCGAGUUUGCGGAACUAUCUAUAAUUUUACUUUUUGCAUGUUACUUCCAUAAUUCUGCUCAUAAAAUAUUGAAAGUCAGGGAACUAUGGUCAGGGAAUUAAUCAAAUAUACUUCAAUAUGUUCGAAAGAAAAACAUCCAGUUCUUCCCAGGAUGGAAAAAAUGCCAAACUAAAACUUGUCAAAACAAUGCCCGUAAUGUCGUAGUGACGGGCGUACCAGCACCACCACGACCAACCUGAGAGAUGCAGUGACGUCACCGCAUGUUUCAAAUUUGGAGCGUUUUGAUAAUUUAUUUAAAUAUGAACAAGGGCUCAGAAAAUUAGGAAAUUUUGCACAACUGCUAAACUUAAUACGAUCUUUUAGAAUAUGUAAUAACAAAAAAUAUGCUGUGCUCGUAGAGCCCAUUGACUAUUUCACUAGAGUGUAUUACAUCGGUUAUACAACUCACUGUACAGGGUGGGCCAAUUUGGACACUUUUAAUAGGAAACGUCAAUUUCUGAGCGAGAUACAAAAAAAUGAACCCCCCACUCUGAGGCUCAAAUUUCAUGAAAUUUUGAUUAGUGCAAACCGCAUUUUGAUAUGUUCAACCAUUUAGCCGCUAGAUGGCGAUUCUCGAUUUUGAGCAAUAUUGUGAAACCUUCAUCACUUUUUUGUUUAUGAAAAUAAUUGAUUUCCGUAAAAACUUUCUAGAAGAACUUUUUGAAGCAGAAUUCAGUGACGUUCUCCAUUUUUUUCUAGUUGGCCCCAACUUCGAAAUAUUGACCAAAGUCCGGUUUUUUUCAAUGGGACACAAAUUUGCAUGCCCAAGUAAUGGCAGCAAAUAUCCAGUUGACGCCCUCUUCAACUCAACUGUCAAUAUUACAUGCCAUUGCUCCUGAUCUAUCAUUCUGGAAUAAUUUCAACGAUGCGACGUUGCCGCUUAUACCAAAAAGUAAUAUGAACUUUGAAAUUUUAAAUGAGACACCCUGUAUAUUAUUACAUUUUUCGCUCCGCUAUUACUUUCUGAUCAUUUUUGUAUAAUACUGACCUAUCUCUAGUGAUUUUCGACUUCUUAAUUAAUUUCUUUAUUUUUUCUUCAAAACAUAGCUCCAGUUAAAUUUGUAUUACUACGUCCUUAAGAUUCGUAGAAAGUUUAAAUUUUGGAGAUAACUUAGGGAGGUCCUGCAUAUUACUUUUGAUCAAGAAAAUUUGUUCUACAUUAUACAGGGUUGGUCAAAAUUAGUAAUUGUGUUGCCAGGUACAAAAAAGAUGAAAAGUGCACUUUUUCAAAUAGGACACCCUGUAUAUUAUGAAAUAUUAUGAUAGGCAAUUGAAAUCCCUUACAAAUGAUGUAUCAUGUUCCUAUACCUAAAUAGUAAGGUUUCGGAAAUACAGUGUCUUAUUAAAUAGCAGUAACAAUAGUGUGUUAAGUGAACUUUUUUUCACGAAUGUGUCGUGCGACAAUCACUUGAGUAAAAAAAGGUACUACCGUACUGUACACACUUAUUGCAUACAACAUUGUUUCUACUAUCAAUAAAAUAUAUGGGAAAAAUAAAUUUAGACAAAUACUUCACGCAUUGGUGGGUGAAGUAAUUUACCAGAAAAAGAAAAAUACUAAAUUGAUAGUGUCGACAUCUGUCAUUGACAUUACUUUACGCACUAGUGUGUGAAGUGAAAUUUAACGUCUUCGCAAUAGUGCAUAAAGUGAGUACUUUACGUGAGGUAGUAGAAAAAAUACUGUCACAACCUAUUUUGUUGCAACCUUGGAGUUUGGAAUCUUUUUUUCCUUGACCGCAUGUGGAUUUUGAUUAGCUCAAAAGUGUUGAUUUCUCCUAUCAAAAAUACCUUCUCUAGAAAAUUUAGCUUCAUCGGUCCAUAUUAAUUUUUUUUUUAGAAAGUUUUAUGGCCGUUUGCACCGACCAUUUU